AUGAUGAAGGGUUAUCGUUGGGGAAUCAACGCUCACAUACUUAAGAUAUUAUACUCAACUGUCACAGAAAAGAUCGUGACGUAUGGUGCAGCUGUCUGGGCCUUACCGAUGCAAGGCAGAAAGGUGAAGCACCUGCAGAGCCUUCAAAGGCCAUUCCUGUUAAACAUAACGAGGGCUUUUAGAACGCCGCCAACCAAUGCGCUGACAGUCCUGGCAGGCCUGCUACCUCUACACAUUAGUGUUGAGAAGGAAGCAGUAUAUCAAUCCAUCAGACAGCUGGGGCAGGUAGUACAAUACGGUGAGGAAACAUUUACGGCAGACGAAAUAGAGCAGUCCCUCAAUCGCCUUGACACGCAUCCCGCGCAGCAUGGCACUGGAGUACACGUCAACUUUCGGCAGAAUCUAAGAUCCGCUAAAGCCGCAUAUACUUACUAUACAGACGGCUCCAAGAUCGAUGAAAGGGUCGGCUGCGCAUAUGUGGCAUUCCAAGGCGAUAAUAUUGUCAAUCUAUGGAAGGGGCACCUAACAGCGCAGAACAGCGUAUUCCAAAGCGAGGCCACUGCCAUCAGUAACGCAAUACAAGAUAUUAUACAUCGGGAACGCCCCUGCAGUCGUGUCAUUACGGACAGUCAGUCAACCCUGCAUGCUGUCCUCAAUCCCGCCCACAGCUCCCCAAUCAUAGAGGGUAUACAGGAAAACUUACGUCGAAACCAAGAAAUGAGAAUAACAUUGGAAUGGACGAGAGCUCAUGUCGGAAACUCCGGCAAUGAGACAGCUGAUAGAUUAGCUAAGGAAGCCGCCCAGAACAUGGAGGCCGCACAGAUAGAAAUACCGCAGCCAGUGUCCUACCUCAAACGGAAAUUGAGAGAUGCAGCUCACUUACUAUGGCAGACGGCGUGGGACAAUGCGGACACCGGCCGCCGAGCCCAUGCACUGCUGCCCAAAGUAGACUCUGAAUUCAUAAUGACACGGCCGCAAAUGGUAUACUAUAUAUUACAGGGCAUGGGCCCUUUCCUGCUUACUUUGCGAGAUUUGGAAUAUCAAACUCAGAACAAUGCAGCUGCGGUGAAUUGGGCACAGCAGAACACUAUUUGUAUCAGUGCCCGCUUACAGAAGGAAUGCACUUUCCGUACCCGCAGAACAACGAGCAGGCCUUUAGAAGGUUCCUAA